UAUAUUUUUAUCGCGUUGCAUUUAAUGACAUCGAUGCCACAUAUCUCCACAUUGCCACAAGGCGCUCCCGAAACGGUAUGCGAUACAAUGUUGCCGUUUCAUGCCGGUGGUCUGGCACCGGCCACCACUAAACCACCAUUUCGGAUAGAAACCUCAGCAUCGACCAUAGGUCAAGGGCAAACGCUGCGCGUUGAUAUUGUCGGAGUGCCAAAUGAUUUGAAAUUUGGUGGUUUUAUGAUACAGGCACGCAGCACCAGUCCACCAAAUCAAGUGAUUGGCCAAUUUAAUCUUCCCGAAGAUGGUCUAUCGAAAUUAAUGAACUGUGAUAAUUCCGUGGGUAAUUCCGUAACACACACCAGUACAGCACCUAAAACGGAAAUAAGCUUAGAAUGGCAAUCGCCGGUGGAUUUUGAGGGUGAAAUUAUGUUCAAUUCCACAGUGGCUCAGAGCUAUGACACCUUCUGGGUUGGCAUCCCCUCAGCUCCGGUGCGUGUUGUAAAGCGAGAUCUUGCUCCAGCCGGACCGACAACACCAAGACCAAGUUAUGCACCCACUACACGUCAACCCUAUGUACCCGAAUAUGUGCCACCACCUGCGGCCGCCACACCAGAUGAUCCCUUCUAUGAUGGCUGUGGCACCAGCAAGAAUUGUUUUGGCAACAAAGAUGGCUGUGUGGACAGUAAAUCGUGUGAUUUCGUUUCCGCCAUUAAAGUUCGUGGAAAUAUCUAUGAAUUCGAAAUGAAAUCGAAAGCAAAGGAUGCUGCCUACGUUGCCCUGGGCUUGUCGGAUGAUAAUAAAAUGGGUGAUGAUUUGGUCAUUGAAUGUAUACCACAAAAUGGCAAGGUGUCAAUGUUUAGUUCCCUUACAUCGGCACCACCCAAGGGUUAUGGUGUCAGUCGCCAAGGAGUGCCUCAAAACACUGCCCGUUUGGUUGAAAGUUCUGUGGUAAAUGGUGUCAUCUAUUGCAAGGUGGAAAGAGAUCCUGUUACCCAGGUUGGCAACAGAGUUUUCGAUUUAAUAAACAGCAAAUACUAUUUGUUAUUGGCUGCCGGUACAGGAUUGAAAGAAAAUGGUGUUGGCUAUCAUGACAUCGGUCGCAUUCCCUCCGACAAGGCCAUUAAUUUGGCUGAACUGGCCGAUUUGGGUGGUGCCUCGAAAUUACUUUUAAGACUGCAUGGUAGUUUUAUGAUUGCUGCCUGGAUUGGCACAACCUCAUUGGGUAUUAUUUUUGCACGUUACUUCAAACAGACCUGGGUGGGCAGUCAAAUGUGCGGCAAGGAUCAGUGGUUUGCUUGGCAUCGCAUCUGCAUGGUAACCACCUGGUCAUUGACAAUGGCCGCAUUUGUCAUUAUUUUCGUGGAGAUUGGCGGCUGGUCCGGUGAACGUAAUCCCCAUGCCAUACUCGGUUUGGUCACAACAAUUCUGUGCUUCAUUCAACCCAUUGGUGCUUUGUUUAGACCGGCACCAAAUUCCAAAAAUCGUCCCUUCUUCAAUUGGGCCCAUUGGUUGGGUGGUAAUUUGGCUCAUUUGCUAGCCAUUGUCACCAUAUUCUUCUCGGUUAAAUUAGCCAAGGCUGAGCUGCCUGAAUGGAUGGAUUGGAUUUUGGUUGCCUAUGUGGCAUUCCAUGUUAUCAUGCAUUUAAUCUUUUCCAUUUCCGGUUGUUCCUCGGACAAGAGACAAACGAAACGGGUCAAUGAUUUCCAAAUGGGCAAUAUGGGACAUCAUCAUCAUGGUAUGCGCAAUAACAAUAUGAAAAAUGAACGUAAAAUGGAUGCUCCGUUUGCUGGUUUCCGCAAAGGUCUCUUGGCUGUUUAUAUUGUGGUUCUGCUACUCUUUGUCAUAGCUUUAAUUGUUAUUGUGGCCCUGGCACCCAUUCAAGAUACCUUUGAGCAGCUGCAAAGGAAGCUCAACUAG